UGCUUGGAGUGUGGAAAGUGUUUCAGUCAAACAGGAAACCUUUCUAUACAUCACAGGACUCACACAGGGGACAAACCUUAUAAAUGCUUGGAGUGUGGAAAGAGCUUCAGUAAGAGUGGCAGCCUUACUUCGCAUCACAGAACGCACACAUGUGACAAACCUUAUAAAUGCUUGGAGUGUGGAAAGAGCUUCAGUGAGAGUAGCAGCCUUACUAAGCAUCAAAGAACUCACACAGGGGACAAACCUUAUAAAUGCUUGGAGUGUGGAAAGAGCUUCAGUGAGAGUAGCAACCUUACUAAGCAUCCAACAACUCAUACUGGGAUCAAAGUUUUGUACACCGCCCAGAGAGCUACUAGCUAUGGGCGGUCUAGA